GUAGCUGUCGGACGACUUCCGUGCGACACGAAGGUCGAAAGCUGACAAGCACUGCGAGAUCCGCACCGCCGGAGACUAAUAGACAAAUAGCCCGAUUCUCUAGGCUAGCUUAUUUCCAGUCGAACAAUGUUCAAGAUUGAAGGACUUGGGCCAAAAAUGGACCCGGAGGAGAUGAAGAAAAAGAUGCGGCAAGAUGUCAUUUCGUCUCUACGGAAUUUCCUGGUUUAUGUCGCUCUUCUCAGAAUCACCCCAUAUGUUCUCAGGAAGUUGGACAGCAUAUGAGUUGCCUCCCCCGGCCUGGACGCCUGGAGAAGCCCACGAGAACCGGGCCGGCGUCACCAAGUGCAAAAGCCAGCAAUGUAACGGACUAUUUCAACUCUCUCAUCUGGAGAUGUUGUGGAGGAAGAUGCUUUAAUGCCCCUGGAACACAAGGGAACGAGAUCAUGCGUACGCCAACAUUUACAUUACUUCAAUGAUGGUUUAAAUUAAAUCAAAUUGCUUGGUGUGUCCUGCCUGACUUGGGACAGUUCUGACAUGGAAAUGAUAUUGUGUUUUCAAUAAAAUAUUUGGAAAUGUU